AUGCCAGAACAGAUGCUCUACGUCCUCAGCUGCCUCGUCGUGCUGACGCUGCGGCAGCAGCGCGACAAGGAUCUAGCGCGGGUGAGUGUGGCCGGCGCAGCACCUGUUGUGCGUCGCCUAAAGACAGAGGCCGGUGCUGUUGGUGCUGGUGCAUCCGAGCCUGGCACCUUCGCGAUGCGCGUAGUGCACCGCCUGUACAUGGGGCUGAUGGGCCAGCAGCGGUUCCCGUCGAUGAACGCGGCUGGCAUUGCAUCCGCCAUCGAUGGUUUCGCGGAUCUCGGCAUCAUCUCGCGCCCGCAGCGGCGCGGCAACGAGGAGCUCUUUUCCUUUAACGGGACGUGGUCGCUAGAGGCCAUGCAGAGCGCCCUCACUGCACGUGGCGAGGCGCUUCGCCAAGAAAGUAUUGACUGCGGCCUCGACGGCUCGGAGAACCGCUUCGCCGAGGUGCUACGCGAACUGAAGACGAUUGUCGGCCUCUGA